CCCGGUGUCACCACCUCUGUCCCCUCUCCAGGCUCGGCGCUCCCGCUUCCCGCCGACUCCUGCCCUCCGGAUCCGUUCCCGUUGCCUCCGGAGGUGGCGGAGCGCCCGUUGAGCCCCACUCGGCUGCAGCCGGUUCUUCCCGCGGAGGCGCGGCGCGAUCCGGCGCUGGGCGAGCUGGCGCGCGUCCUGGCCGAGAUGCCGAGGCCCCUCAAGCGCCGCGGAUCCCAGGAGCUCCGGGCGCCGCCGCCGGCACGGACACGGCUCUACCGGCACCUCAUCCCGCGCCUCCUCCACCGGACGGAGACCGACGACGUCGCCGAGGUCACCGAGGCCGAACCGCGCUCCGAAACGCAAGGAACCGCGGCGCCGGGAAGCCCCGCGCCCGCCCCGGAGCGUCGCUCGGCCCUUCGUGACCCAUCGUGGCCCCGCAGGCGCCCCGGAGCCCACGUGCGCCUCAACCCGUUGGUGCUGCUCCUCGACGCCGCCCUAACCGGGGAGCUCGACGUGGUGCAGCAGGCGGUGGCCGAGUUGAACGACCCGAGUCAGCCCAACGACGAGGGCAUCACCGCGCUGCACAACGCCAUCUGCGGCGCCAACCGCCCCAUCGUCGACUUCCUCAUCGCCAGCGGCGCCAACGUCAACUCCCCGGACAGCCACGGCUGGACCCCCCUGCACUGCGCGGCCUCGUGCAACGACACGGCCGUGUGCGUGGCUCUGGUGCGCCACGGCGCCGCCGUCUUCGCCACCACCAGCAGCGACGGCAGCGUCGCCGCCGAGAAGUGCGACCCCUACCGCGAGGGCUACAGCGAGUGCUACAGCUACCUCACCGAGGUGGAGCAGGGGAUGGGGGUGCUGAACAGCGGUGUGGUCUACGCGCUCUGGGACUUCAGCGCCGAGCGCGACGAUGAGCUGUCGUUCCGCGAGGGCGACGCCGUCACCGUCCUGCGCCGACAGCCGCUCGACGAGCAGGAAUGGUGGUGGGGGUCCCUCUACGGCCACGAGGGCUACGUCCCCCGAAACUACUUUGGGCUCUUCCCUAGGGUGCGGCCCCAGCGGAAGAAGAUCUGAGGGGACCCCAUGAUCUUUGGGGGGCCCUGAGGUGGUCCCGGACCCCCCCCCCGUCCCCACCAGCUGCUCGGAUCCAGAAGUGCCUCUCAUCGGUGCCUCCUCUGCCGUGCCUUAUCCCCCCCUCCCCCCUCCAAACCAAGGUGUCGGGGUACCCCCCCGGCUCUGCCCCACGGCGUCACCUCCCUCAUGGCCCCCCCGGGUCGGUGACAGCCGUGUCACCCCACGGUGUUGGCUUCAAUGGGGAGUAAAGAGCC